AUGACAUGGCAGUACCCGGUCGGCUCUAUCAAUGAUCUAAAGGUGUGCUCAUACUUGUUUAUGAUUGCUGAUUGCCGUCGUUUGACAAGUGACAUCGAAGACUGCAUAGUGACGCCCGCCUACCAGGGUCAGUUCACGCCGCUCCCCGAGGCGCUGUGCGACUGCAUCAUGGACCUUACGUCACAGGGGCAAUCGGCGACCCUGGAGAGCAUCAGGACGUCACUCUCAGCCAAGUUCCCGUCGAUGCAGACGCCUUCCCAGGAGAUGGUGUACGAUACCUUGGCCCAGCUGAUGCAGGAGAGGAAGAUUUACCAGACCUCGCGAGGGUUCUUCAUAGUCACGCCAGAACGCCGUCGGUCUCGAUCCAGGUCUUCCUCCAGGCACCCCAACGGGCUGGACGACGAGUGUCCUUCACCGAGGACCAUCCUGAUGUCCGACCAGGAGGCGCUGCACCAGCUCUAUGGAGAGAUCACGACAGUCAGGGACGGGGCAGUGACGCAUCAAUGCGUGCAGACCAAUCUUGCUGAUGUCAUUUGCGGUGGCAAUCCCAACGACAAGAUUCUGUACGGGCGCCCGAACAAGCGUCGCAGCGCGUCCUUCCCCGCCCCCCGCUCGCUCGACCGCCGCCACUCGCUAAGGAUCUUCGGGUCUUCCAGCAAGUACUUACAGCGAUGUGCCUCAACAAGGAGCCUCCACCACAAGAACGCCAAUACAACCGACAGCAGUUCCUCGACUGAUUACCCGCCGAGCGUCGAAUCCGCAUCACCGAAGAAAGUGUCCCUGCUGUCCCGCUUAUUCAGACGAAGCGGCCGCAGCAAGCAGACGCGCGCGAUGAGCACCUUCUCUGCCCAGUUCCCGCCCACCGAGUGGUUCAACUCGAAGGCGGUGCACCUACAUUGCGUGGCUACGCAGACCAACUCAAAGGAAUCAUUGCAGAGUCAAACAUCUUUCGUUUCAUCGUAUUAUGACGGAUCAGAAAUCAGUAAUCGGUCGUCGACGCUGCCACGAAGGCACAAGAGGCACCUAUCCACCGAAUCGGGCCUAGCUGGCUCAGUCCACUACGACCACUCGCCUGUCAGGCACUCUAGCCCCAGCUCUGGGAGCCUACCCAGAUCUACACUAAGCAGGAGCUCCACCAACAAAACUAUUCUGGAUCACUUCGGAUCCCCGCAAAGAAACAGCGAUCCCAAGCUAAGAGACAGCCCCAGUGGCAGUCUAAGAAGAGUCGACUGUUCUAAUUCAGACCAUAUCAUGUCAACUAGCGGCCCUUCAAGUCUUGAGAGCACGAGCACACACAGAACACCCAGGAAGGAUGUAAAAAACGGGCAUUCGGACCAAAACUCGCCCAUGAAAAGAAGCUACCACACGAGCGGGAGCAGCGGUCAUUCCAGUCUAGAGUCCCACAUAUCAGACCGCACUUUGAAACCUUCGCCUAGUCACACAAAUUCACACAGCACGCCCGGGUUGAGUCGGGCGCAGUCUUUGGUCAAAGUGCAGAGUUUGCAAAGCUCUCCGAAAAGUCUUCACAAGUACCGAACGAAACCACCCAUUGUCGGCGGAGAAACAGUAAAAAACGGGAAAAGCACAUCACCUAGAAGCUCGCCAAAAAACUGCCCAAACACCCCCAAAAAAACCGCAACCCCGCUGCAUAAAACUUUAGGAUCAAAAGUAGAAAACCCAUCGACGACUAUGUUGGCCAGUUCUAAUUCUAACAACUCGAUUACGCUAAAAGUUACCACGAAUACGAUUACACAAAACGGUGGUGGCACAAACACCAAAGUUUAUGUACAAAAUUCGCCUGUAAGGUCAGUAAUUACUUUCGAAAAUGGUAAAGUCACUGAGACGAGCAAUGGAAGCAAUAUUUACAUAAUUAACGAUGACAGACAAGUGGUAUCGGUAUCCCAAAAUGGAGGCACGAAUCAGUCGUCAAAAAACCCAACUGAGACAUCAUUCGACGUCUGCGUGGAGAAAAAUAAGCAGGUUUACCAAGAACAGGAACCAAUCAAAGUACAAGAGAAUAAGUUCAACAAGAAUUCUAUAAACGAUACGGGUAUGAAUAACAAUCGUAAACUUUCUUUACAAAUAGGCGGGGCGACAAAUAACAACAGUUUCAUAUACAAAAACCAGUUGAAUAACACUAACGAAGUUGCCUCUAAUCCCGCCUCGCCGGCCAUACAUAACAAUAUCCACAUCCUGGAAACGACUACAAAUAGCAACCCUUCAACACCAACUAAAAGUUACGACAACGUGAUUGGGUCAUUGGGUAGUCUAAGAUACCAGAAGAAUUCCUUUUCAUCCGCCAACAGCGGGAUGCAGCCGAACAUCAAUUCCAACAGCGAAUUGAAAAGCGUCGAUUUGUUGAAGAAGGCAGCAGCGCUGCAAAUGCUGAACGGGCUUCCAAAUGUAAAUAAUCGAAUGAGUUCAGAUUCAAUCGCCAACUUGUUGACGAAAGCGAUCGACCAGAAACCAGUUGUGCUGGGAUCGGAGCCGAAUUUGGCGCUGAAGAAUCAAGAGCAGAUAAAGGACAUAAACACGUCAGCUGAGAAGAUAAACUGUUUAGAAAACAAGCAAAAAAGGUACAGCUUGAGCCAAGAUAGCAAGAAGGAGAACCAGGAUUUUUACAAUUUUCCGAGCUUAAGCGAUUUGAGCUUUAAUUUCACUAGUUUAGCUGCUCAGAAGAUAUUGAAAGGGGUCAGUAUAAAUAGUGUGGACACGCUUGUGGAGCUGAACAUGGCUGCAAACUCCGAGAAGCAGAACAAUCGAGACGUGGCAGCCGUGUGCACGGACUUCGGCCUUGUAUAGUACUUAAACGUUAUUUUUUUCUGUUAAAAUGUACAAUAGUAGUAUUAACAUGUACAAUUUAAGAUAGCUGUAUAACUUAUUCUUAACUACACGUUAACAACCUUUAGAUACAAACUACAUAUUUAGUUGAAACCUUGUACUCGUUUAAGAUUUUGUACUCCCAACUUAUUGAAUUUAUCUUAAUACUAUUGUAUCCUUCUAAUUACAUUUUGUUUGUCUUUACUAACUUAUCAUCAAAUUAUCGAAGUAGAAAUUAUAUAUCCGUGCAUAUUCGUAUACGACGUAUUUAUCAAGUACAGAAAUUCUAAGUUUGUACAACACUUUGAAUGUAACGACAAUAAGGUUCGUAACUACCACCUGUGAACAUGUGGCCUAAGACAAAAUGAAAUUUAGUGCCUCAUAAAAUUAAGAUGUUUUUUUCAAUUUUGUAGUAAUAUUCUGUAACCUUCCCCUUCACUAGCUUUAGGUAUAGGUACCACACCCUGCAAGGUUGCGCUAUUCGACGUUUUGAACUAGUUAGUUAGUGUAGUAGGCGUGGCUUAAAUGCAUGCUAUCUCACUCUGUAAGACGGAAGAACGUGCUCACAUUUUUUUUAAGGAGUCUUAUCUUUUUUCAUAUUACCUUAUUGUGCUAAUGAAUAUCUGUUUUUGGAAGUAACGCAAUAAAACUUUUUUAAUGCAAAGGAGAAUAGUCGUCUAGUGCAACCUCUACUAAUGUAGUUAAUACUAAAUCAACGUUUUACACUCAUCAGCACUCCUAUUCGUGCCAUCACAUUUCCAGUGAAAAAGUUGAGUACAAACUAGAAUACCUAACUCCAUACAAACAGAGUCCAUCCAAAAAUGGGAAUUUAUAGGAAUGUCUUUGUAAAAUGUAUGUCAUGUUUAAGUGCCAUAAAUAAAACCAUAGUAUUACGCUUGAUGUGGACGACUAGGAGGUUAUUCCAGUAGAAUCAGAAUCAUUAAUUAAUUAACUUCUAGAAAAUACAGCCUAAUUAUUGUUUCACUUUCAGUUUACAUCACAUUUUUCAAUGAAGAACCAUCUUGAAAUGACCUGUUUUGUUUAUACAUAUGUAUCUCCCAACAAAAAUAUUUACCUAUAUACGAUGUAGGUACGAUUCUCUACUCUACACGCGGUACUCUGCCCACACGGAUUAAAAACAGUAGAUUUUGAAUUGUAUGUCUUCGACGUAAAGUUCUAAAUGAAGGUAUCUACAUUUAAGCAACAAUAAAACAAAUACAGAAUUAAAAUUUUAUGUUAAUAAGCCAUGCCUGUCUCUGAUGGAAUAAUCUCCUGUCAAUGGGAAUUGAUAUUUAAAAAUUGGAAUCCGUUAGUUCCUGUACUCAAGUACAGAAAAGGGUAAUAUUUAUUCAUUAGGGAAUGUAAU